AAGCGAAGAAGAAACAGGCGUUACACCGGAAGCACUAGUUGGAGCAGCCAUGAAGAUGACAGAUGAAAACAUUCCUGGAAACUCCGAAAUAACAAUGGAUGAUGUUAAAAACCUCAUCAAGAAGAAAGAUGAAAUUGAAGAGCAGAUAAAGGCGUAUUACGAUGUCCUACAAGACCAGGGGGUCGGAGUUGAAGACUCUUUGGUGGAUGCGGAGGGUUACCCACGAGCAGAUGUUAAUCUGUACCAGAUUAGGACGGCUAGGCACAACAUUUCAUGUUUACAGAACGAUCACAAGACCAUCAUGGCGGAGAUAGAAGAAGCCCUACACAAGUUGCAUGCUCGAGAGAAAGCCAAGCGGGAACAGGAUGAGGCAGAAGCCCAGGAGGAGGCGAUGGAACAUCAGGUUACGCUGCCUCCACCUUUUGCACAGCUUGAUGCUGUGACAGAGGGAUCACCUGCCUGUGGAGCUGGGCUCCGAGUCGGUGAUCAGCUGAUCGAGUUUGGUUCUGUGAACUCAGGGAACUUUCAGAACCUCCAGAAUAUUGCUUCUGUGGUGCAACACAGUGAAGGGAAACCAUUGCACGUGUCGGUGAUCCGGGCUGGCCAGAAAGUUCAGAUGAGCCUGACUCCACAGCGGUGGUCAGGCAGAGGUUUGCUGGGAUGUAACAUCGUUCCAGUUCAGCGAUGAUCACCCUAACACUUAAAGUUUGAAAACUCUCUCUGGCUUUUUCACUACUUUAUGGGAACUUGGAACAAUAUCCCUUAUUCCAGUUUUCAGAACAGGAUGUAUGAAAAUAAAGCACCUCUGUUCAAGAA